AUGGCUAAUACCACCAUCGACGGCACGACCGAGUUCGACUUUAUCGUUGUUGGCGGCGGCACGGCCGGGUGCGUAGUGGCCGGGCGGCUGGCCGAGAAUCCGGCAGUCAAGGUUCUGGUAAUCGAGGCCGGGGUGGGCAACCCGGGGGACGUGGACGCGAUCACGACGCCGGCCAAGGCAUUCAGUCUGCGCGACAGCAAGUACGAUUGGGCGUACAAGACGACCAUGAUCGACCGGCCCGAGUACACGCGGGUCGAAAAACCCAACACGCGUGGCAAGGCGCUGGGCGGCAGCUCGUGCCUCAACUACUUCACGUGGAUCCCCGGCAGCGCGGCGACCUUCGACGACUGGGCCGCGUUCGGCGGCGACGAGUGGGCCUGGCCCGCCGUGCGCGACUACUUGUACAAGCCGGCCGCGUACCACGACGACGCCGGCCUGUUCCCGCCCGAGCUGGCCUACCUGGGCCCUGGCCGCGGGCCCAUCCCCGUGUCGCACUCGGAUUUGUUGCCUGAGACGGCCGGCUUCCGCGACGCCUUGACGCGCGCCUGGCUGAGCAAGGGGGGUGUCCUGACCGACGACGUGCACGGCGGCACCAUGCGCGGGCUGUGGAAGUGCACAAACUCCAUCUACAGGGGCGUGCGCUCGUCGGCGUGGCUGUACGUGGCCGGCAAGCCCAACGUCACGGUGCUGGCGCGCACCCACUCGAAGCGGCUGGUGCUCGAGGGAAACCGGGCGGUGGGCGUCGAGGUGAUCGGGCCUGACGGGAGCGAGCUGACGUUCCGGGCGCGGCGCGAGGUGGUGGUGUCGAGCGGUGUGUUUGAGUCGCCCAAGCUGCUGCUGCUGUCGGGCAUCGGGCCGGCGGCGACGCUGGCGCGGUUCGGCAUCUCGGCGGCCGUCGAGUCGGCGCACGUCGGGCAGAACCUACUAGACCACCCCAUCCUAGCGCACGUGUUCAAGCUCAAGGACGGCUUCGGGCUCGACCAGCACCUGCUGCGGGCCGGGCUCGAGCAGGACGCGGCCGUGUCGGCGUACCGGUGGAAGAGCAAGGGCCCGCUGGCCAGCGGGCUGCUGGAGCUGGUGGGGCUGCCGCGCAUCGACGAGCGGCUGGAACGGAUCCCCGAGUACGCGGCGGCCAAGGCGGCCAACGGCGGGCUCGACCCCUUCGGCCCGGCCGGCCAGCCGCACUUUGAGAUUGACUUUGUGCCCAUGUUCGCCGACGCCUUCCAGUGGCACAUCCCGACACCGCCGACCGGCGGCUACCUCACUGUCAUCGUCGACCUGCUGCGGCCGCUGUCCAAGACGGGCACUGUGACGCUGGGGUCGGCCGACCCGCUCGCGCAGCCCGAAGUCAACCUCAACUUCUUCGCCGAGGACCUCGACAUCGUAGCCCUGCGCGAGGGCGUGCGCUGGGUUGAUGAUUUGCUGACAACGGGCGAGGGUAUGAAGGACAUUAUCGGGGAGGACUAUCCGUGGGCCAUGCCGCGCACUUCGGACGAGGCCAUGAACAAGCUGAUUCUCGAGCGGUCGCAGACUGGGUUCCACCCCUGCGGCAGCCUGCGCAUGGGCAAGGACGUCAGCCAGGGCGUCGUCGACAGCAAGCUGCGCGUCUACGGCGCGGAGAAGCUGCGCGUCAUUGACGCCUCGGUCAUUCCCGUCAUCCCCGACUGCCGCAUCCAAAACUCUGUCUACAUGAUUGGCGAGAAGGGUGCCGACAUGAUCAAGGCCGCCCACCCGGACCUGUAUGCCUAG